AUGGAGGAUGUUAAUGAUGCACUUGUUUCGAAGGAACUUCAAGAUUUAGAAUAUGGGAUUCCUUUCGUCAAUAUGAAGUUUGAUUCAGAUGAACAAGCAUAUGUUUUCUAUAAUUCAUAUGCGCGAAAAACUGGUUUUAGCAUUCGGAAAGGGUUAUUAGAAAGAACGAGAAAAAGUAUUCUCAGGAAAAGAACAUUUCAAUGCUCAAAAGAAGGUUUUCGAAGAGUAAAUAAGCGGAUCCAUGUGAGGAAGAGUUGUCCAAAUACAAGAACUGGAUGUAAAGCACGAAUGGUGGUUAAAUUCACAAAGGAUGGAAGGGAGCUUAAAGAUGGAGAUAUUCAAGUAGUAUUGAGGUAUUUGGAAAACAAGCAUUUAGAAGAUCCAAUGUUCUUUUACAGUGUGCAAGCUGACAAAGAAGGUGAAAUGACAAAUUUUUUUUGGGUGGAUGUAAGGUCAGUUGAAGACUACUUCUUUGGUGAUGUCGUUUCCUUUGAUACAACAUAUAAGACAAACAAAUAUGGUCAGUCAUUUGCACUAUUUAUCGGUGUGAACCAUCAUCGGCAAACUGUUUUUUUCGGUGCUGCAUUGCUUUUGGAUGAAACGACAAAAUCUUAUAUCUGA